GUGACACCACUUUCUCUCCAGCGAUGGAGUCGACUCCGGUGACGCCUUCUCGACGUUCAAAACGCUUUCAACCGCUUGUAACUCCAGUAAAGAUUGACGCCUUUGUAGACAAAACUUUAAUCUGGACAGACCCCCCGUGUUACAUCCGACCCACUGUAUACGAAGAUUACCAGGUUCUCCAAGAGGAUGAGGGAUGGCAACCAGGGCCAGGGAUCCAGACUGCUUUUCGCAAAUCGUUUAAGCGGACGAAGAAUAUCGCGCCAGCUUCACGGAAAGGGUUGAGUGCACGUAGAUCAGCUGUGGAGACUGAGACAUUUGAGGUCGGAGACACUGUACUCGUCAAAACUCAGUCCACAAAACAUCCCAGUGUUGGUGUCAUCGCUUCGAUGUGGGAAUUUCAAGGCAAGGAGGACAAGGAGGGCGGAAAUUCACAGAUGAUGAUCAGGAUUCACUGGUUUCAACAUCCAUCGGAACUGCCUCGCAUAAGGGCAAAGAGGGAACAUUUCGAGAACGAAGUCUAUUUCACUCUCGCUUCACAAGCUAUUCUCCCGCCUUCAUGUAUACUAUCGCAUUGCACUAUCUCCGAGGUUCCUCAGACCACACCCACAGCACGCAAACGAAGUAACUGGGUCGGUGCCACUGCGGAGGAGAAUGAAAUAUUCUACUGUCGCCUUGCUAUUGAGUCUCGCAGCAACAUUUACUAUGAUUUCCACUGGGAAGCUCACAAACAACAGGCUCUCGGCAGUUCUAACGAAGACCUUGCCAAUGGGACUUGCUGGCACGUUGCCGUAGAGACCACACCGUUAAGAUGGCGUAUGAAGAAGACAAAAAAGCUUCACGACAUUGCGGAAGAAAGCGGUGACGAUGCCGUUCGUGAUCGUGACUACGAGAACGACGAGCCACCAUCAGAGCCUGAUGACCACCUCAUCCCCUCUGUCGUUGAUGACGCCUCCGAUAAUGAGACAGCUCUUGGUGGGCUUAUCGAUGACGUUCCAAAGACACCAUCUCGCAAGCGCAAACGCGCCUUAUCCACACCCAAGUCCACACCGAGCAAGAAACGUGCACCGAAGCUCGCAGCACCCACUCCGCACUCCAAAGCGGCACUACGAAAGCGAAGUCGAAAAGCACCAGCCAUCCGUGUUCCGCCUUCGAAUCUCACACAGGAGCACUACAAUCAACUGCAAAACCUUCCUCCUGAUCCGUGGCUUCACCGCAUUCUGAGGACUGUAGAAGAACUCCUGGAGGAAGGAAGUGGAGGUUGCGUUUAUAUUUCUGGAGUACCAGGAACAGGCAAGACUGCAACAGUUCACGCCAUUAACAAUGAAACGAACCCUUUCACUUAUGUUGAAAUCAACGGACUCAGGAUUCCCGAGCCAUCUGCUGCAUAUAACCUGCUUUGGGAGACAGUCUCGGGGCAUGAUGUAGCUAGCGAUGGUCACCUCAAAACCAGCGCCAAGGAGGCGCUCAAGCAGCUUACCAAACACUUCUCCGCAGGUGCGCGGGCGGGUCCCGCAGGGCACGCGUGCAUCGUUCUUAUGGACGAGCUUGAUCAACUCGUCACAGCAAAGCAGGAUGUAGUAUACAAUUUCUUCAACUGGCCCACAAUCGCAGGCUCAAAGCUUGUUGUGAUUGCUGUCGCAAACACCAUGGACCUUCCGGAGCGAGUGAUGACUGGACGCGUGCGCAGUCGACUUGGAAUGAUUCGAACUAACUUCCAGCCAUACACGACACAACAGCUCGAGAAAAUCGUGCAUGCACGUCUCAAAGAAGCCAAAGAAGGCCUCGAAGAGCCACCGGACGUGAUCAAUACCGACGGCGUAAAGUUUGCCGCAAUGAAGGUCUCAUCGAUCAGCGGUGACGCACGAAGGGUACUUGAUAUUUGCCGACGAGCGGUGGAACUUGUGCAUCCCAAACGGCGUGCCGCCCGUACGGAGGAUGUGAAGGAGGUUAUCAAAGUGCUGCAAAAUAGUCCAACCGCAGCAUACCUCCGAGACUGCAGCUUACAUGAGCGGAUCAUGCUCGCAUCCCUGCUAAGAUGCAUCAAGCGGGAGGGUAUUGAGGAGAUCAAAUGGGGCGAGAUUGAAAACCAGCAUGUCGUAUAUGUUGAAGCCCUGACUUCGGAAGGAGAUCCGUCGCGGAGACCCACGCCGGUGGAACUGGGACUUGUUCUGGACUCCUUGGUUGCCUCCCGCGCUAUGAUAAUCGAGGAUGGUGUGAACGCCUUCCGCAAGCCCCCCCGGGAACGCAGGGUUAUUCUCAACUUGGAGCAGACAGAGGUAGAGAGAGUGCUGAGUGAGGUAGGCGGACGGUUGUGGGCGACAGCGCUUGGUGUUGGUGCAUGAUCAAUACCGAAGAUGUUUUUGGAUCCGAUUGACAGGAUUCGAUCUGUCAGCGUCACUGGCUGGGAACGUUCUUAAGGCCACCCUAUCUCACCUAUCUCAUUAAUAUUGUACUGAUACCAUCACUUAGAUGUCAUGUAGAUGUAUUUCAUAUUCUCUGCUGCCCUAAGCUAAGUACUGGUGUCUUUCUAAUCUACAGUUCAAUUCGGGACCUGUAU